AUGGUAGCGGAGGCGACCGGGGUGUCGGCGCGCACCGUCAUGCGGAUCGUGAGCGAAGGUAAAGUGUCCCUCCACAACACGGGACAGGUGACGUUCGCGUGCCCGCCUAAAGCGCGCGAGAGGAAAAAGAAAAUAAACAUUGACGACGCCGGCAUGGGCGCGAUCCGACAGAAAAUACAUCACUUCUAUACUGUAGACAAAACGAUCCCAAGCAUUGGUAGACUGAAUGCUGCGUUGAAAAAGGAUGGCACCAUCAACUGCGGCACCACGUACUUACGAGAACUUUUACACAAAAUGGGAUAUUCGUUUAAAAAAUAUGAGUCUAACAAGUACAAACGUCCGAUUUUGGUCGAAAAACCCAUAAUAGGCGAGCGCCGAGUGACGUACUUGAGAGCUAUCCGACAGUACAGAUAUCAGAACCGACGCAUAUACUUCUUAGACGAAACCUCUGUCCACUGCAGCCACAAUAAUAGUAAAUGUUGGCAAUCACAAUCCGAACCGAAAAUGUUUGAGGAAUUAUCGAAAGGGCGGCGGUUGAUCAUCGUGCACUGUGGCAGCAGGGAGGGGCUGGUCGACGGAGCCCUGAUGAUCUGCAGGUCAGACAUCAAGACGGGCGAGCACGGCGACAUGACGGCUGCCAACUUCUACAACUGGGUCGACAAACAAUUAAAAGAAAAACUUGCUCCUAAUUCUGUUAUCGUAAUGAACAAUGCCCCCUAUCACAGCGAACAGAUUGAGAAGAAACCGACAAUAUCUAGUGUAAAAUCGAGUAUUCAGGAUUGGCUGCGCGAACACAACGUAGAUUUCAAUCCAGAAAUGACAAAACCUGAACUCCUUGGUCUGAUAAACAGAAAUCAGUCCGGGAAAACGUACAAGGUGGAUGAGAUGUUGAAAGCGGCAGGUCACAUCGUACUGCGGCUGCCUCCGCACCAUCCCGACCUGAACCCGAUGCAGCGCGUGUGGGCCGAAGUCAAACAAAAUUUAUCCACAAACUUUCCUCAUUCUACGAUGGAGGAGAAAAUAACAAUCCUUACGAAGUUAUUUGCAGAGUUUCCUGCUGAUAAAUGGCGUUUAUGUAAUGACCACGUGCAGGUGGUAGAGAACAUGUACUGGGACAAUGACGUCAACUUCGAUAACGUGAUAGACGAGCUCAUCAUCAAGCAGGAGAACGAAUCUGAUUCUGGAGAAGGGGAAGGCUCGGAAAAUGAAGAAAUGCUUUAUAGCGAUGAAGAAGAUAAUAUGUCUGAAUAA